AUGGUCUUCAAACCAUUUACUCACCUCGCGCGUCAGAGUUUCACAAAAGCCUUUACUCAUGGCUAUGCUCAGUCGGUAGUCGCCGCGUCGCAAACCUCGUACGCGUCCUCGACUACCUUCAAUCAACUCGCCAACCAGUCCGCCAAAUUUUCUCGGACAACCCAACUACAAAAUGUUUUCCAACCGUCAAGCUCGUCGUCUGGUGCUGGCGCCAAGGCCAGUCAGGGCUCCGGCUCGGGAGAUUUUGGAUUAGCGGCCUACUACGCCGCAUGGCAGCAUGCCCAGCAGACUGGUGAUGACAGUGACUGGAAGCAGUUCCAGUUCAACAGAAGAAUUGGCUGGAAACCAAAGUCCGGUGAGGAAGCCGCUACGGAAAAUAGCGGUGAAUCGCCUGACUCUCACCCCGAUUUCCGCGAAUCGCCUCAUCUCACCAAGGCCGCCGCGAACGAAGAUGUUAGUGCCAAGGUGGAGGAGGCAGUGGCCCGAGAGAUUCAAAUACAGGAGGAACAAGCUCAAGCAGAAGAGGCUUCGGAGGCGAAGGACAACGCUGGUGUCGAACCUUUCCCCGAGCUCACCGAAGACGAGUUGGCUGUUUCCGAUGUGGUUACGGACCAGGCAAAAGCUGGUUCGGAUCGUGUCGUUCAGUUGGCUUCCAACAAAAAGUAUGCCGAAAUUCCAGCUGCUUUUGAGGCCCUGCUUAGAGAUGGUUUCACUCCGACUGUUGGUGCCUACAAUGCCUUGCUCCUGGCGGCAGUCAGACUUCAUACCGAUGUCUCUCAUGCCAUCCCCAAGGCACUCGAUGUCUACUCCGAUAUGCUUCGUCGCAAGGUGAUUCCCAACGAGGAAACCUACCAGACGUUGGUUCAACUGUUUGUGACUCGCGCACACGACAACAUCACGGCCAAGUCAGCACUGGAGCAGGAGAGAAUUCGCUAUGGCGGGAUGGAAGAACCGGGCAAGUUUAUGUUGCAAUCUAGUGAGUUGGAGCGUGACAUCCUCGCCGAGGAUAACUCUCUCGCCAUUGCCGUCAAGCUUUUCAACACUGCCACUACCCGCCAUGUUGAUCUCGUCUUCUCGCUCGACAUGUACAGCCGUCUUAUCACCGCUUGCGCUGAAGAAGGUCAGGUUGAGGACAUGAUCCGCAUUUACGCCCAUAUGGAAAUGCAGAAGGUCACACCGCACGCUUCCAUUUUCCCAUCAAUGAUCAAUGCAUUCGCGUCUGCUGGCGACCUGACAAGUGCUGUUGAAUGCUACAAUGAAUACAAGACACUUGCCAUCUCAGAUGACAAUGGAGUAUUCAGCAUCGUCCAGCGCUUGGAUGGCCAAGUCUACGCUGCCUUGGUUCGAGCUUAUCUCUCUUGUGGUAACGAGGAGGGUGCUCUCCGUUUCCUCGAGCGGAUUCGGUCCUCGUUCGACGAUGUGGAAAACUCUGAAGCCCGCAAAGGAAUCGUGGAAUCAGCAAUUGUCGAAAAUGGCUUGGUGCAGCACUCUCUCCGCUCGGGUGAGCACAGCAAGGCCCUUGAACAAGCCAAGACCCGACUCCACGAUAAUGCUCUCGAUCAUGCCAUGUCGCAGAUCUGCAUCACUGCGGCGGAUGCCGGAAACCUCCAAACAGCAUCCGAAGCAUACGACCUCUUACCUACUGAAGCCAAUAUUCGCCAGCGCCCUGCCAUUUCUAUGUUGGCGUUGCAUGUGCGACAAGGAAAUGUGUCGGCCGCCCGGCCAUUUUGGUUGAUGCUAACCAGCGUGGGUCAGGCAACCCCGGAAAUGGUCCAACCGACCGUUAUGUAUUCGGUUGCCCUGCUCAAGAGUGGUCAGAUCGACGAAGGCCUGCUGGAGGCCCGCAAUAUGUUUGCUCGGAUCCGCAAUGCCUCUCCCAACAAUCUCCUCCUGGCUCCCAUCCGCGAGCAGAUUAACGAAGCCCUCCAUCUUGUCGGUCGUAUUCUCAUGCAAACGGCGGCCAUCAUCCCUCCUCAAGCUGCUAUGAAUCUCCUUUGGUCCAUGGUGGAGAAUGGGGGUCUGGUGUCCCCAGUCGCGGAGCACGCUGUCGCCAGCCUUGGCCCAAUGAGUGUUUCCCAACUCAACCCUCGUGACCUUACCCUCGCUCUUCAGGUUCAGGCCGGUAUGCUCGUCAACAACAGCACCAUGCCGUUUGAUGUCUCCCAUCCGAUCCGCUUCUCCCACAUGCUCGACGUUGCUUUGUCUACAGGUCUUUCAAUGGAUGCCUUCACUACUGGUCUGAUUGAUCAAGCAGUUGCGAUGCUGUUCAACAGCCGGCCCGAUAUGGUCAAGAGAUGGCACGACUACCUUAAGUUGACAUCGAGCCCCUCAUCCUUCCUGUCUGACCGCCGCACUCCGGUAUCGGACUCUUCUGUCCUCACACCGGUUUCGAGCGAAGACUCAUUUGAUCCGUACGCAUAUGCCACCGACUUCCGCGGAUCGGCGAUCAUCGCUGAAGAGUUGGAGAGCACUAGCGGUCGGCCAGAGUCUCAUCUCAAUGACGCAUUGGCUCGUGUGAAGAACAUGCGCCGCAUCGGCCGUCACCCUCGUUACAUCACCUACGCUAAGCUGAUCACUGCCGCCGCCAAGAAUAACCGUGUCGAUCUGGUUCAUGAGAUUUUGGGCAUGGCCCGCCGUGAUGUGCCUCUUACUCCUCAGCACAAUGCUGUUAAAUAUGGCUGGGUAUCUAUCCUGGACGCCAUGGUGGCUGCCUGUCUGACCCUUGGUGACCGCAGCCUUGCUGCCAAAUACCACCAGGAGCUCCUAGAGCUCGGUUCUGCUCCAUCGGCCAACACUUUCGGUCUGUACAUUACCACCCUUAAGGAGUCUACCAAGACUUUCGACGAGGCGACAGAAGCUCUCAAGAUCUUCCACCGUGCUGUUGCAGAGGGUGUGGAGCCGACUUCAUUCUUGUACAACGCACUUAUCGGCAAGCUUGGCAAGGCCCGCCGUAUCGAUGACUGCCUCCUGUACUUCGCGGAGAUGCGUGCCAACAGUGUUCGACCAACCAGUGUUACCUAUGGAACCAUCGUGAACGCACUUUGCCGAGUUAGUGAUGAGCGCUUCGCCGAAGAAAUGUUCGAAGAGAUGGAGUCCAUGCCUAACUACAAGCCCCGACCAGCUCCUUACAACUCGAUGAUUCAGUACUUCCUCAACACCAAGCGUGAUCGCAGCAAGGUCCUGGCUUACUACGAGCGUAUGCAGGCCCGCAACAUCAAGCCUACUAUGCACACCUACAAGCUUCUCAUCGAUGCACAUGCCUCAUUGGAGCCAGUGGACAUGGCUGCGGCCGACAAGGUGCUCGAAGCCAUUAAAGCUUCUGGACAGCAGCCUGAAGCCGUUCACUAUGCAUCGCUGAUCCAUGCCAAGGGCUGUGUGAUGCACGACAUGGAUGCCGCCCUCGAGGUCUUCAACUCCGUUGUGUCGAACUCCAAGGUGCGCCUUCAGCCUUGUCUUUACCAGGCUCUCCUUGAGGCUAUGGUGGCCAACCGUCGUGUGGCCGACUCUGAUGCCAUUGUCAAGGACAUGGCUGCUCGCCGGGUUGAGAUGACUGCUUACAUUGCCAACACUCUGAUCCACGGAUGGGCCGCAGAAGGCAAUGUUGCCAACGCCAAGGCUAUCUAUGACAGUGUUGGUAUCAACAAGCGGGAGCCCAGUACCUACGAGGCCAUGACUCGUGCAUUCCUGACAUCUGAAGACCGUGAGGGUGCAUCUCGCACUGUGCAGGAGAUGAUGUCUCGUGGAUACCCCACUGCCGUGGCCUGUAAGAUUCUCGAUCUUGUUGGCACUGCAUCAGUGGCUGCUAUCUAA